GCGGUGCUUUCCGAGGAGGACAGACGGGACUGUAUUUAUGUAUUUAAAGCUGCGUCAUCCGCGCCUCCUCCAAACGCCCGCAGGGAUCCCGCCUCCUCACACGCGCACGCCGCGUAGCGCUAAAUCACAUUAUUAACCGGAUUCUGACGUAAACGGGUUUUGAUCGCAGCAGUCGGCGAGGACGCGAGUCAAUCAGCCCGUCUCUGUAUCCCGGGACCGGAGCAUGCCGUCUCAGACACGCCGCUGACAUGGCCUCGUUCCUGCAGAUCGCCGAUGACGAGAAAGGCCACGAGCUGGACCUUUUCUGUGUUCCCAAACAUUACGAAAACGAUUUGGAACGGGUGAUCAUCCCGCACGGACUCAUCAUGGACAGGACCGAGCGUCUGGCCCGAGACAUAGUCCGAGACAUGGGGGGCCACCACAUCGUAGCUCUGUGUGUGCUGAAAGGAGGCUACAAGUUCUUCGCAGACCUCCUGGACUACAUCACAGCACUGAACCAGAACAGCGAUAAAUCCGUCCCCCUCACGGUGGAUUUCAUUAGGGUGAAGAGCUACUGUAAUGACCAGUCAACAAACCGUGUCAAAGUCAUAGGAGGGGAUGAGCUGUCCAAGCUCUCAGGCAAGAAUGUGUUGAUAGUCGAGGACAUCGUGGAGACGGGAAGGACGAUGGAGACGCUGCUUUCCCUGCUGAGUGAUUGCAAACCCAAGAUGGUGAAGGUUGUGAGCCUUCUGGUGAAGCGGACCCCGAGGAGUUCAGGGUACAGACCAGACUACAUUGGCUUUGAGGUGCCAGAUGCUUUUCUGGUGGGCUACGCUUUGGACUACAAUGAGUACUUCAGAGAUCUCAGUCACAUCUGUAUACUGAAUGAUCGAGCCAAAGAGAAGUACAAAGUAUGAGGCGAUCACUUGGACCCCUGUGAUGUCCCUCCUUAACCGUGCAGCGUUUUGGACUUUUAUUUCAUUUUGUACAUAAAAAACCCCCCACAAUGUGACAGCUGGUUCGUAAAUAUGUUGAACACAUCAUUUGUCCUCCAAUGAAUACAUGCUACAUACUAUGAAUAUUUUGGUUAUUUAAUUUAUGCACUUUCGUGUAUAUAUUUUUCCUGUACAUUGCAGAGGUAGAAAGAAUAUUGUGCUAUAUUUGUUCAAAUCGCACGUUGUUCUGUGAGCUGUCAGUCAAAUUUUGGGGAAACUUCAGUUUGUGCGUUUGUUUACACUUGGAAUGCAGAUUUAUCCUCAUUAUGCCAUAAAGACACUGACUUGUAAUGUUUUAUUUCAUAUCUGACGUUUUCAUGUAAAAAGCAACAUAAAUCUCCUUCAAUCUC